UUAUUGAAAUAGAGAGACGGCUACACGUGGACAAAGACACCAGUGUAAGGCAGGAUAGUUUUUAUGCCUGGUUCAAUAAGUAGUUAAGAAAUAUUAUUAGAUAAUCUCUUGAUAAUGUGGGUGCUCAUCCCGUUCAACCUGCUUCUCACUGCUGAGGUACUGCAGAUGGUAUCCUGUCAAUAUGGGACAGGAACACCCCCUGUAUGCAGACCGAUUUCUGAUGUGUGCAUAUUACCAGGAAAAGGAGAAAAAGGAGAACCAGGUGAAAAUGGUUUAAGAGGUUCUAUGGGGCCAGUGGGAAAGAAAGGUCCAGAUGGAGAAAAGGGAAGCAUUGGUCCAAAGGGUGAAAAAGGAGAUACGGGUCCUACAGCUAACAUGUCACGCAUUUAUGCCUUAGAAAAGCAAGUCAAAAAACUUGAAAGCGUCAUGAAGUUACAAGGUGUGAUGAAGACUUCAGAGAAGUAUUUCUUUAGCAAUGGGAAGACAAUGACAUAUGAAGAUGGGAAAACAGAAUGUUCAAAUGCUGGUGCAAUGCUUGCUGCUCCAAGGAAUUAUCAUGAGAACGAGGCUGUACUUAAGUUUGUAGUACAAUAUGACACAUAUGCUUACCUUGGCAUUUCUGAUUUUGAAAAAGAAGGCAGCUUUGUAUAUCUUGAUGGACAACCAAUUAUAUUCUCAAAAUGGUAUGGGGGUCAGCCAUAUAACAAAUAUGGUUAUUAUAACUGUGUUCAGAUGUAUGCAGAUGGAACAUGGACUGAUUAUAAGUGUACUGCCAGUCUUCUUAUAAUAUGUGAAUUUUAACACUGCAAGAUUUUUUCUGUAUUAAUGACUUAUUUUUUUCAUAUGAAUUGUUAAAAUGAGGCAACAAUACUUAUACUAAGAACAUGUAGUUGAUUACUACCCCUGGCAUGUAUAACUUGUGAUGACUAUAACAUUUGCAAACAUGAUACAUUUCUAUGCUGAUAUUCCUGAACAAUAACAGAAUAUAAAUGAUAAUACUAUUUAUAUCAGCUUGUGAGUUUUCAAUGGAAAAUGAAGACUUGAUCCCAUA